UUUGUGCAGAUUGCUGGAGUUAAUUAGUGCUACCUGCAUGAAGCAUCUAAACCGCUGGUGACCUUUGCCCGAGUGAAGACGGCUAUCAAAGGUACAGCUGCGUAACAUGAGAGGAUAUCAACACGUUCUAGAGCAGGAACACACCUCUGCUAAGCCUUUUGGGACGGAGCGCCUGGAAUUCCCACAAAGGGCUGUUGAGCAAUCUUGUUAAGCUGCAGAAUCUGGGAGUUAUAACCGGCUUUGGACAUGUACCGGCCGACGCUGCUAGCGCUCGCUGUGCUACUCUGCGCCUCCGGCUGUGCGACGGGAGGGAAGAUCCUGGUCUUCCCCGUAGACGGAAGCCACUGGAUCAACAUGAAAGUGCUGAUCGAGGAGCUUCACGGCCGCGGCCAUGAGAUCACGGUGAUCCGGCACACGGACAACUGGUACAUCAAGCCAGAGUCCAAUUUCUACAAGACCAUCACCUUGAACUUCUCAAGUGGCUUUGAUCAACACAACUUUGGCUCGUUCGUCACAAGACUUCUGAACAUGCGGCGGGAAGGCGCCUCGGUUUGGGCUCGCCUCGCUCUGGAGUACGAACUGGUCGCCACGUUCUACGAACUGAACAAGGGAGUGGUGCAGACGUUGGGGAACGUCUUUGAGGACAAGGAAACAAUGCGGAGUCUCCGUGACGCCAAAUAUGAUGUGGUUCUGACAGACCCUGCCUUAGGCGGAGGGGUUCUCCUGGCUCACCGUUUAGGUCUUCCACUAGUUUUAAAUGUCAGGUGGACAAUUCAGGGUGAAGGACAUCAGGCAAUCGCACCCUUCCCUUUGUCUUACGUCCCUAUUCCAGGAGCAUUGCUGACAGACAAGAUGACUUUCUUUCAGCGGAUCAAAAACAUGAUGAAUUACUUCUUCACUCGCUGGCAAAUUUGGUACGUGGCAGACUCCAACUACAAGCCGUUUGUCCAUCGCUACUUCGGUCCAGACGUACACUACAUGGAGCUCUUCCAAGCAGCAGACAUCUGGUUGAUGAGGAACGAUUUCACUUUUGAAUUCCCACGUCCCACUAUGCCCAACGUGGUCUACAUGUCAGGAUUUCAAUGCAAGCCCCCCAACCCCCUUCCCAAAGAGCUGGAGGAGUUUGUCCAAAGUUCUGGUGAACAUGGCGUCAUCGUGAUGACCCUGGGCACUCUAGUCGCCGAUCUUCCCGAGGACAUCACAGACGGCAUCGCUGCCGCUUUUGCCCGACUUCCUCAGAAGGUCGUCUGGAGACACCAGGGCAAACGUCCGUCCACACUUGGCAGCAACACGCUGCUUUUGGAUUGGUUGCCUCAAAACGACCUGCUGGGUCACCCCAAGACCAAAGUGUUUGUGGCGCACGGAGGCACCAACGGACUCCAAGAGGCCAUUUACCACGGUAUCCCUCUGGUGGGCCUGCCACUCAUGUUCGACCAGCAUGACAACUUAUUCAGGAUGCAGGUGAGGGGCGUGGCCAAAGUGAUGGACAUCGCCACAGUGAACGAGGGCGACUUCCUGGCGGCGCUGAAGGCGGUGCUCUAUGAACCGUCGUACCGCCAGAAUAUGACGAAGCUGUCGGCACUGCACAGGGACCAGCCCAUCAAGCCUCUGGACCACGCCAUGUUCUGGAUCGAGUUUGUCAUGAGACACAAGGGAGCGGCACACCUACGCACAGAGUCCUACAAGAUGUCCACCAUCCAGUACUACUGCAUCGAUGUGCUGGCCUUCUUACUGGCGCUCGUGCUAACAGUUGUAGCCGUUUGCGUUUCACUGCUAAAGUUCUUGUUGCGAAGGUUGCUUUCUAGAAGCAAACUGAAAAAGGAAUAAUAGGACAGGGACACUUUGUUUAAUAAAUAUGUUUUAAAAAUAUACGAUCACACAAUUUUUUUUGCCCUUUUUCAACAUUAAACCUUCUUUCC